CUUAGCCCCGCCCACCACGACCUUAGCCCCGCCCACCACGACCCGCCCCAGGCCAUGUCCAGCCGGCGAGAGGGCGAGGAGACAACGGCUCCCCUUAAGCAGCAGGAGCAGCAGCAGAAGCAGGAGGAGGAGGAGGACGAUGAGCGGGGGACGUGGCGUAGCAAGUGGGAUUACUUCCUGUCCCUGUCGGGCCUAGCUAUAGGCCUCGGCAACGUGUGGCGCUUCCCGUACCUGUGCUACAAGAACGGCGGAGGAGCCUUUCUCGUGCCGUACCUCAUUAUGCUUGCUCUGGUUGGUCUGCCGCUUUACCUGCUGGAAACAGGGGUGGGGCAAUUUAGUUCAGGCAGCCCCAUCACCAUCUACAGAGUUUGUCCCAUAUUUAAAGGAAUAGGCAUCGCAGCAACUCUGGCUCGUAUGUACUUAGAAACAUACUACAGCGUCGUGGUUUCCUAUCCCCUUGUCUUCCUGUACAACCUGGUGGGCAUAGGCUUACCCUGGGCGACUUGUGACAACCCUUGGAACACCGAUAAUUGUUCCCAAUUGGUAUUGGACAAUGAUACAUACCAGGAAAUUUCUACACAUACGCGCUCACCAGCAGAUGAAUUCUUUCAUUACCAGAUACUCAACAUUUCCUCGGGCGUCGAGGAGACAGGAGGUUUCGUGCUGCCUGUCGUGUUGGGAACAGUGUUUGUCUGGGUCCUCGUGUUCCUCAGCAUCUUCAAGGGGAUAAGAGUGACCGGGAAGCUCGUAUGGUUCACGGUGACCUUCCCUUUCGUCAUGCUGCUAAUACUGUUCCUCCGUGGCGUCACUCUACCCGGGGCUUGGGACGGAAUCUACUACUACAUCUACCCCGACUUCAGGAAGCUCGCUAGGCUGCAGGUGUGGGGCGACGCCGCUUCCCAGAUAUUCUUCAGCCUGGGUGCGGGCGGCGGGGCCCUCGUAUCGCUCGGCUCCUACAACAAAUUUCGCUAUAACUGCCUGCGCAACGCCUACAUCGUCCCCGUGCUGAAUUCGGCCACUUCGAUCUUCGCCGGCUUCGUCGUGUUCUCCGUCUUGGGUUUCAUGGCCCACCAGACGGGGAUUCCGGUCGAGAAAGUGACCACUGGAGGUCCAGCCUUGGCUUUCAUAACAUACCCUGAGGCCGUGUCGAUGAUGCCAAUGGCGCAGUUAUGGGCAGUCCUGUUCUUCACAAUGUUGUUCUUCUUAGGAAUCGACUCAAUUUUCGCCGAGAUGGAGUCCAUGGUUCUCACGGUCACCGACGCUUUCCCACGCCUACGUCACGCUAGGACCUGGGUCACGCUGGCUUUCUGCGUAGGCCUAUGUCUCGUGGCACUCAGUUGCUGUACUAAGGGCGGAAUGUACGUUAUCCAACUACUGGAUAGUUACUGCGCUCCCUAUACAUUCAUCUUCGUUGGUUUGUGCGAAAUGCUGGUUUUCGGUUAUUCCUAUGGUGUUGGUCGUCUGAUAAGAGACAUACAAAUGAUGACGGGAAAAGUUGUACCUUACUUCUGGUAUAUAACUUGGUUAGCAGUUACACCAUCUGUGCUGGCAUUCAUCUUCGUCAACAUCUUCGCCCGGAGUUCCCCCGUGAGCUACAGGGGCGUCGAAUUCCCCGCUUGGGCCCAGGCACUUGGCUGGGUCAUCGCGGCGACGUCCAUGUUAACAGCCCCCUUGUAUGCUCUGUCCUUCUUCGUCUGUGGAAGUUCGGGGUCGUUUCAUAAGCGCCUCUCCACCGGCCUGAGACCCUCCGAAGACUGGGGGCCGGGCCUGGAAAGGUUCAAAUCCCAGUGGUCGGAGUACUGCUCACGGAAUGUGCUGCGUCAUCGCCUCCUCCACCCAGGACCGCCGGCAGAUCAGGAUUACCAACCGAAGCACGUGGAGGAGCUUCAGACAUGCGAGCGUCUUAUAAGCGGAGAGAUCGAGCCGCUGCCACUCGCGCCGGAGGAGGCUAAGAUCUGCCAAGUGUAGAGGUUUAUUAUUAUUAUUUUUCUCUCUUUAUUUCCCUCUUUUCUUAGGUGAGGGAGGGGGGGGGAUAAAGAGGAGAGAAUAGUGGCGAUAGUCUUAAAAAAAAAGCAGUGAGGUGGUGGUGUUAUUAUCAUUAUUAUUUUUUUUUUUACGGUUGUGUUUUAUUUGAUUUUUCUAUUAUUAUUUGCAUUUUAUAGAUGUGGUUAUAGUUUAUCUCGGGUUGAGAGUCUGGUGUUCCCCGCCGUUGACUAGGCGCCUAUGCAUGCGUGAGCUGACAGACACACCUUAGGAAACGCAGGAUUUCAAGAACACAUUUUUAUAUGAAGGAGGGAGGGUUUAGUUUGAAGACAGAGGAAAAAAAAAAACAUUAACAAGAGCAAAAAAAAAAACAAACAAAAUAAUUCAAAAUAUUAUUGGAAAUAAGCACCUAAACAUUAAUAUGAAAAAGAAAGAAAAAAAGAUAGAUAAAAAAGAUGAAUAAGCAAA